GCGCCGGUGAUCGUGCGACGGACGUUUGAGGCGCUGGGGGCGACGUACGUGAAAUUGGGACAGUUCAUCGCGAGCGCGCCGAGCGUGUUUCCGAAGGAGUACGUGGAGGAGUUUCAAAAGUGCCUGGACGCGACCGAGGUGACGGAUUUUUCCAUCAUUAAGCGGACGAUCGAGAAAGACUUGGGACGUUCUAUAGAUGAUGUGUUCGCGACGAUCGAUCCGGUGCCUUUGGCGAGCGCGAGCGUGGCGCAGGUGCAUCGAGCGACGCUGCUCGGAAGCGGGCGAGACGUCGUCGUCAAGGUGCUGAAACCGAACGUCGAGGACACGCUCAAGGCGGAUUUGAGCUUUGUGUUAAUCGUGAGCAAGGUGUUACAGUUUUUGAAUCCUGAACUCUCGCGAACAUCGUUGGUGGACAUCGUCGGAGACAUUCGAGAGUCGAUGUUGGAGGAGACGGAUUUUAGAAAGGAGGCGCAAAACGUCGACGCUUUUCGACGAUACCUUGAAGACGCGGAACUGACGAACAUCGCCAAGGCGCCGCAAGUGUACAAACAAUUUAGUGGUAAACGAGUGAUGGUGAUGGAGUACUUCUCUGGCGUCCCGCUCACGGACUUGGAGGCGAUUCGUUCGGUGAGCACGCGCGAUCCCGAGGCGACGCUCAUCAACGCGCUCAACGUUUGGUUUGGCAGCGUGCUGGCGUGCGAGAGUUUUCACGCCGACGUGCACGCGGGUAAUCUGAUCGUUUGUCCGGACGGGCGCGUUGGUUUCAUCGACUUCGGCAUCGUCGGCAAAAUUUCCCCGUCAAUUUGGGGCGCGGUGCAAGCUUUUUUCCAAUCCACCGCCGCGCGCGAUUACGAGCGCAUGGCGCUCGCGCUGGUGACGAUGGGGGCCACCGACGGCGAAGUCGACGUCAAGAAAUUCGCUAAUGAUUUACGCAAAGUCUACGAAACCUUAGAUUCCAUCGAACCGACUGUUCUUGUCGAUGAAGACACCUUCGACGGCACCCCUCGCGCCGCCGUGACCGUCGACCAACAGCAAGUGACGCAGUUGGCCUCCGACUUGAUCGUCGCCGCCGAGGAGAACAAAAUCAAACUCCCCAAAGCGUUCGGCAUCUUGAUCAAACAACUGAUUUACUUUGACCGUUACGUGCAGUUACUCGCACCCGACUUAGAGGUCAUCGACGACGAUCGCGUG